GUAAUGGAGGUUGAUGCACCGCUUGGAAAAGUGUGAGCUAGUUAAGUAGAAAUCUGUUUAGGGUAGGUUAUAUCGAACAGAGCGACGUGCUAUUUAAUGAUGCAUCUGUGUGCACAGUAAGCUUAAGGGUUUUGGUUUUAUUCCCUCACCUCUAGGUAUAGACCUAGUGUUUAAGCGUGGAUUUAAUUUUUAGUCUUAUCCUUAAAUUAUUGCAUCUUGUCUAAAGUAAUCUGUUAUAACUUUUAUAUCUGAGGGUAUUUCCAGUAUAACAGAGUUGCCCAAAAUUAAGUACGGUACAGCUUUUUAUAGAUCAGACAUUAUUAGAAAUAAAUUUCAUUGCCUCACAUGUGUAAAUGAUAUUAUCAUGAAUAGAGUUCAAACAUAUAAGAAUAAAUUGAAAAUUACAUAAUUAAUACAGUUCAAUUUACAAUAAUUUGAUACAAAUAUAACACACAAGGAAAUAUACAUGACUAAAUCAGGAGAAAGAGAAUUUAUUUCAACUGAAUCGAUUUUUUUUUUUUUUGCAUUGAACUUGAAACUGUCAAUUUAAAUUGUACACAAUUUCUUUUGUUUUCAGCGCAGUCUUGAUCUUGAGUCAUCAUGACGACCUCAUAUUUCUUUACAGUGUGCAUCUUUGUGUCCGUUGCACAGGUGAGAUAUUAGAUUAUGUGUGACACUUAGGUAGAAAGUAGUAGAAAUGACCUUUUUUUUAAAGCUGUCCUGUAGAGAAAUCUAUGCCAAGUUUUGUAAUGCCACUAUGAUUCCUUAAUGCUUACAUACUUUUGCCUUUUUAUUCGGUCUGGGCCAUAGGCCUUCUCCAACAAUUUUCAAUUCACAUCCGUCUUGCGCUUUACUUUGAAAUUGCUUCCAAGUGUAUCCCAUAUUUUCUGUCUGACUCCUUCCGCGGAACUCCUGCCUGCCCUGAUGCGGAUGUUGUUAACUUCUGACUGCUGCUGUGCGGCUGUUGUUAACUCCUGUCUGCCCUGUUGCGGCUGUUGUUAACUCCUGUCUGCCCUGGUGCGGCUGUUGUUAACGCCAAUCUGCCCUGGUGCUGCUGUUGUUAACUCCUCUCUGCCCUGGUGCGGCUGUUCUUAACUCCUCUCUGCCCUGUUGCAGCUGUUGUUAACUCCUCUCUGCCACAGUGCGACUGUUAACUCAUGUCUGCCCUGAUGUGACUGUUGUUAACUUCUAUGUGGUGUGCUGCGGCUGUUGUUAACUCCUCUGUGCCCUGGUGAUUCUGUUGUUAACUCUUGUCUGCCCUGGUGCGGCUGUUGUUAACUCCUCUCUGCCCUGGUCCGGCUGUUGUUAACUCCUCUAUGCCCUGGAGCGGCUGUUGUUAACUCUUCUCUGCCCUGGUGCUGCUGUUGUUAACUCAUCAUUGCCCUGUAGCGGCUGUUGUUUGCUCAUCUCUGCCCUGAUGCGGCUGUUGUUAACUCCAAUCUGCCCUGUUGCGGCUGUUGUUUACUCCAAUUUGCCCUGGUGCGGUUGUUGUAAACUCCAAUCUGCCCUGUUGCGGCUGUUGUUAACUCCAAUUUGCCCUGGUUUCGGCUGUUGUUAACUCCUGUCUGCACUGUUGCAGCUGUUGUUAACUCAAAUCUGCACUGUUGCGGCUGUUGUUCACUUCUCUCUGCCCUGUUGCGGCUGUUAUUAACUCCUCUCUGCCCUGGUCCGGCUGCUGUUAACUCCUCUCAGCCCUGGUGAGGCUGUUGUUAACUCCUCUCUGCCCUGGUGCUGCUGUUGUUAACUCAUCUCUGCCCUGUUGCGGAUGUUGUUAACUCCAAUCUGCCCUGGUUCGACGGUUAAUUCCUCUCUGCUCUGGUGAGGCUGUUGUUAACUCCUGUCUGCCCUGUUGUGGCUAUUGUUAACUCCAAUCUGCACUAGUGCGGUUGUUGUUAACUCCAAUCUGCCCUGUUGUGGCUGUUGUUAACUCCAAUCUGCCCUGGUGUGGCGGUUGUUAACUCCUGUCUGCCCUGGUGCGGCUGUUGUUAACUCCUCUCUGACCUGGUUCGGCUGUUGUUAACUUCUCUCUGCGCUGGUGUGGCUGUUGUUAACUCCCAUCGGCCCUGGUGCGGCAGUUGUUAACGCCAAUCUGCCCUGGUGCGGCUGUUGUUAAUUCCUCUCUACCCUGGUGCGGCUGUUGUUAACUCCUCUCUGCCCUAGUGCGGAUGUUGUUAACUCCUGUCUGCCCUGGUGCGGCUGUUGUUAAUUCCCAUCGGCACUGGUGCGGCUGUUGUUUACUACUCUCUUAAAUUCUUUCCUCUCAUUUAUUUGAUGCUACGAUUUGAGUGAGAGACAAUCUUGAGUGUUGGUUGAGAGUUGAUCUUUGUGUAGAUUGAGAGCUGAUCUUUGUGUUGAGUGAGAGUUGAUCUUUGUGAUGAGUGAUAGUUGAUCUUUUUGUGAGUGAGAGUUGAUCUUUGUGAUGAGUGAGAGUUGAUCUCUUUUUUGAGUAAGAGCCAAUUUUUGUGUUGAUUGAGAGUUGUUCUUUGUGUUGAGUGAUAGUUGAUCUUUGUGUUGAGUGAAAGCCAAUCUUUGUGUUAACUGAGAGCCAAUCUUUGUGUUAAGUGAGAGCCAUCCUAUGUGUUAAAUGAGAGCCAAUCUUUGAGUUAAAUGAGAGCCAAUCUUUGUGUCGAGUGAGAACCAAUCUUUGAGUUAAAUGAGAGCCAAUCUUUGUGUCGAGUGAGAACCAUUCUUUUUUAUUUUGCUUCUCCUGCCCUAGUACCUUGGUGCACACGUAUGUUACAGAGAUUAUUACGUUUAAUCAUUGAUCUUCUAUUUGGUCAAAAUCCGUUUGGUUUUUACAGUACUUGUAACUUAUUUCUCAAGCUAACAGUGAAAUCCUGUCGUUUCUGUUCGUGAUCCAGAAAAAGCUAAGUCACAUUAUCGUCAUGUGGCAGCCUGCUCUUCCUAUUUUCUUUUCAGUUUUAGCUUGAGACUUGCCCGAACUAGAUGGUGAUCAGAUAAAUGAUCAGCUUCUCUUUUACCUCGUACAUCUUGUAGAGACAUAUUUAAAUUUUUAAAAUACAUUUGCUGCCCCCAAUAACGAUAUCUAUAUUGUUUUUUGUUUUUUUUUAAUUGAAAUCAGCUAUACUGACACCAUAAAAUAAAAUUGUAUCGCAAAGUUAAACUUUAGCUUUUUUAACGUACUGUAGACAAAUUAUGUUUCAACCGAUUUUUAACUGGUCAUUUCUAGUCAUGUUAAUUUUUGUGACGUCCAGCUGACUCCUGGAGCGGUCGCUGACUGUAACAAUACCUGUGAUUGCAACAACUGCGGCUUCAACACCGUCUGUGUCAACGGCAGCUGUCAGUGUAAGGCGAACUACACCGGCAACCCCUACUUCCACUGCUAUGAUGUCGACAACCUCUACUGCUCGUGAGUACUAUACGAUAUGUAAUAGAUGAAUGUACUUAGUCCCUGUAUACUGCAUAAAACUCAAAGUUUUAUCUAUUAUAUUAAGGUAAGUAUGACAUCUACUAUAUAAAACUCAUUGUGACAUCUAUUAUAUCAAGUUCAGUGUGACAUCAACUAUAUUAAACUGAAUGUGAGAUCUACUAUAUAGUCUCAGUGUGACAUCUACUAUAUCAAGCUUAGUGUGUCAUCUAUUAUAUAAAACUCAUUGUCGAUAAUACACGACAUAACCAAACAAUUGAGAACAAAAAAAGUUUGGCCUGGCUUAGAUUGCAAUGCAAUCAUCUAAUUAAAUCGGUGCAUCUCCCCCAGUAGUUCUCAACCUUCGUAAUGUCGCAACACUCAAUAUGUUGCGGUGAUCCCCAAACAUAAAAUUAAUUUUUUGCUACUUCAUUAUUAUGUUUUUUCCGGUGGUCUUAGUCUACCCCAGUGUAAGGUUCGUUCGUCCUCAAAAGGGGUCGCAACACACAGGUUGAUAACCGUUGAUCUAAAAAAAAAAAAAUUCGAUUCACAUACAUAUCAUUACCAAUUACAAAACAUGGAUAGAUUUUUUAAAAAAAAAAAUGAUUUCCACAAAGUUAUGUGAAGAAGCGGGCUAAGGGAAAUUUUUAAAACCGAUUUAUUUUUUUGCAUUAAAAAAAAAAAUAUAUAUAUAUUUUAUUAUAACAUUUAAAAAAAUGUUUUCUAUUCAACAUACAAUACUUAAUGAGAUUUUAUGGGCUAUGUUCGUAAUUUUUAUAUGUUACGUUUAAAUAAUACGUGUGAUGUUAAGGGAGAAUCACGAGUUUUAGUGUUAGCCCCAUACAGCAUUUAGUCAUACUAUGGGCUGGUACAUUUUAUUAGGAUAGCAAUGUCUUUUUUUUAAAUUUAACUAUUUCUAUUUAGUUCAUUUAUUAUACACUCAUUGAAUACAAAACAAAUUGAGUUACUGAGAUUUGUUAAUCACAAGGCAGUGUUACAGUGUAAAAGUGUAAAAUCUCGAGAGAAAAAUAUAAUCAAGUUCGAAAUGGGAUAUCUAAUGGGAGCAGCUUGCAAAAAGAUAAGUGACGCGUUUGGAACCUUGGAACCUGCAUAUCAGCAGGGAAUCUAACGUGUAAAUUAGCAUGUCAAUUAGCCAAAUUUUUUGAACCAUACCAAUCAGUCAGUAUAUAGCACAACAAUAAAUUAACUAGUUUAGACACCAGGUCAGAAAGCUUAUCAACCUGCAGUGAAAAUGUUCAAUGGUAGCCAAUGGCAGUCACUCUUUUUUUUUUCAAGAAUAUUUAAUGUUUACAUGAUAAAAUAUAAAUAAAAAUAUGGACUUUUAUACCAGUAAAUAUAAAUUUGAAUACUUAUGAUUUUUGACUCAUUGUGUGCUUGUAAAGCUUUAAGAGAGCUUUCCAAAUACAAACCAGUGAAAAUCAGGGUAUAUUGGCUAGUUAUUUAAAAUGUCAAUCAAUUGUCUAUGCGUUGUUUAUGAAAUGCUGUGUAAUUUGUUUUGUGUACUAGGAUUUAGUUUGUUCUGUGUGUUAUUUUCUAAGAGUUGGGUACUAUUUGAUGUGUGCUGUGUGAUUUCCGUUUUUUUAAUAGAAAUAUUUCAUGUAUUCUGUUCAAGUACUAAAGAGUUUAAACUAUGUGUCUUACUCUGUUUUUGUUGCAUGUAUUGUGUAGUAUGAUUUUUAUAUUGCUAUUUUUUAGUAUGUGCUGCGUGCGAUGUGUAGCUAGUGAUGAAAACAAUGUGUUGUGUGCUAUGAAACAGUUUUACUAUGUACCAUACUGAACACAGAAGUUAGAUGCUAGUGUAUUGAAUAGAAAUAUUUUAAUUAACAAAAUGUUUAAUUAAUAUUUUUUUUUUAGUUUUACAAGUUAAAUCAAAUACAAACGAGGUCAAUUUAAAAUCAUCUUUUGACAAGAUUUGUGACAAUUGAAAGUUAUCUUCUAAAAAGAUUUUAAUCAAAUAAUUUUCCAACAACAAAACUCUGAAAAGUAACGAUUAUGUCAACAAUAGGAUAAGCAGCGAUCCGAGAGUGCGGCCUUUCAAUGGCCCAAGCUACAAUGCUAACAUCAUGGGGUCGACCAGGAUGGCCAGUUUGAGAACCACUAGAUCAGAUGCAAAUCAGUCAUGUGAGUUGACACUGUUCACCUACACGGAGCGUGUCGAAGGGAAACUCUAUGUAAAGGAUGCACAGGUAGAUACGUGACCUUUAAGCAAGCAAAUUGGGGUGUUAAAAAUGUGAAGAAAAAUUGCACUUUCAAAAACUGGAAAAAUAAAAUACAUGAAUUUAGAACAAAUUGAAAAACCAAUGCUUAGAUUUCUUAAUUAGCAAAAACAAGCCAUUAUAACUAACAUUACGAGAGGUCAAUAAUUCUCCUUAUAUAAAUUCAUAUCCAGUUAACUAUGCUGCUGUCACAAAGUUUCAUUAGCAAAUUAUUAGCAUUCUUUUUCAAGUUAUAAAAAGAUAUUUCUAGUAGGGUUUGUUCCCAUGGGACCCGUCUAUUGCGCCUUCUCUUCAGAGGGCACCAAAAGUGUCCCAUUUUAUAAAUCUAAACAUAAAUCUAUUGAGAUUUGGGGAAGGAGGUCACCUGAGUUCAGGCAUUCCCAAGUCGCAGCAUUUGUUUGCAGACCUGCUUACUAAGAGGAUGAAACUCGGAUAAUGCAUUGCACGGUAAAUCUCAGACGUUUUAGUGAGUUCGGUCCAUGAAUGGAGCCAUGCAAGUGUUAGGCCCACUAUAAGUUUUAGCAAACUUUAAUCAGUUUUAAGAUUUAGCUCGUUUGUUGAAGAUUACAUAAAAACUGGAAUAGAAACCAUGUAUACAAAACAAAAAAACAAAAAUAUUUUAAAAAAAACCUCCAUGUCAAAGUAAAUGAUAUUAUAAUUUUUUAUACAAAAAAAAUUAAAACAUAAAUAAACUUCUUUUUUUUAAAGCUAAAAGAAUAGCUAAUGAAACAGUAUAUUCCUCGAAAGGUACACAUAUUAAUAUAGAAACAUAAAGACUACACUCCUGUAGGUCCGCUAUGAGCAUAAUUAUACAUAAAGAGGAAGCUGAAACCCACCAUGAAACGAAAUUCUAGAAUUUUCACCAACCGAUUUAAUGUUUAGAAUAAACAGAACGUAAACAAAGUUCCCCAAACUAGUCAGGGUCGGAGAUGAUCCAAAACUACUCAGUUAAACUUUGACGUCAAUAUCACCACAAAAAGCGGUCAAGUGGUGAACACCUCUAGGCUACAUUGAAGUAAAAUUAGGCCAACACACAUAGUUUGGCAAUAAAUUAUUGGGGAAGGAUGACGUGAUUAAAUCAUUCACAAUGCUAUUUUUAUUGUUUUAAUUCUUCGGAAUAUAUUAACCAUUUUUCAAACAUCGUAAAACGUCGAAUGAAAGACAAGUCCCUAUCUAUAGUAAUGCGACGUAUAAUUUACUAAACUGCCCUUGUGAAGAGAGGCUCAGAAUAACGAAAAUUAAUCGAUAUUCCUUCGUUAAUUAAAAAAAACAAAAACAAAUACGAUUUUGAAAUGAUUUUAAUAACUGCAGCUCAUUGAGCGCAUAACGAAACUAAUUGUGUAAAGAAAUGUUCACAUUUUAACUGUAAUACUGACGUUUUAAAUUCCUGCCACACAUACACCUGAUUUAUGAAUUCUGCAGCCAGCUAAACGAAACGCAUUAAAUAAUGUUUUCUUUUUAAUACAAAAAUCUUUUAUUUCACCUUCAAAAAUAUUUAGCCAUAAUUUAAGUUAAUCGAAACAAAAUGCUUUUUCUAGGGGCUUUUUUUUUCUGCUCAUAGCAGAGACAAUUCUUCAAACUUUUUUUCUCUUUCAAAAAUCAAAUUAUUUUCAAAUAGAACAAUGUUAUGCAUGUGUUCUUUCCACAACAACAUAUAAUUUGUAACUCGUUCUUACAAUCAUCUUGCAAGUAUCAAAUCAAGGUACCCUCCCCCUCAAAUCCGACCAGGAACAGUUCUCUGGUGGUCCAAAUAACGGCUGUGAAAAGAAAUAAUGGUAAGAAUUGUAAUGUAUCUUUCUAGUCUAACAUUCAUUUGUAGUCAAAUACAAUAAUUGUAAAUAGAAUACCAGUUCGCAUUGACGUGUGUGACGUUAGUGAAAUACAAGUAUGUCUUCGAUCACCUAUUGCGUAAGUACGUAAAAGUGUUUCUUAUUCAAUACAAGUUAACCCCUAUUAAGUACACAUUCUGCUCUACAACAGCGUUCCUCAAGCGGUGGUCCGCGGACCGGCGUCAGUUUAAGUUGCAAAAAAAAAAAAAAAUGUGAAACCUUUCAAUUAGAAGACAAGGAGAACAAUUCCUAACAAAUGUAUCAAAAAGAUCAAGCCUUAUCUGGCAUCUCCUGGCAAUGUGCCUCGAGAGGUCGGAUAACCCGAUAGAAUGACAAGGGGACUGAAUUCACAUGACGGUAAAGGAAACAACUUACGUGCCAUAGUUUCAACGACUUAGAUGUCAAAAAACAUCAAAGAUAGUCUAUCAAAGACGAAUCAAAUCGUGCUGAAAAAGUUAGAAAUAAUUUAAAAUUAAUUAAAAGUCAUUAAUUACAGAAAGGAACUUCAAAAAUAAAAAGGAUCACCACAUGAAGCCAAAAGAUUCGAACAGAAUGUAGAAAAAACUUCAACAUGUUUUUUAAAAUUAAUUUUGGAAUACCUAUUCAACCAAGACUUUUUUUGGAUAGUGCAUCAUCAUCAUUUUAAUUGUAAUUAAGUAUCUACUUCUUGAUGAAUGUUACCUCGUAUUUGAUAGAAAUUUUGUUUGUUUUUUUUGUUGUUUUUGUUGUUUUUUAAACGAUUUUUUUUAUAAUAUUCAACUUUUGUGUAUUACAAUUGUUAUCUUGACAUUAUGGACAUUAUGAAGAAUAUAUAAACUUUUUAAAACAUCGUAUCUUUACAAAAAUCAUGAUUAACUCAUGUUUGAAUAGGCAUGACACGUCGAUCUGAACUCACACACCCAAAAGUUGAAACCAGCGAAGCAGAUUUUGCCCAACAUGAUCAUUUGAGCAUUAGUCUAGUGUUAACCCCACGCCUUCGACUAGACGCUCACCAAGUGAACACUGCACGAGAAAGUCUUCACAUGUCACGUGUCUACAAUUGUUUUGUUUUUUUAAACUCUACACAAGAUUAAAGUCAUAAUGCUUGAUGAGAUGGAAAUGUGUGUUUAUAAAAUAAUGACCAAGUUUUUAUGUCUUAUUUUCAUGAUCUUCAGCAGCACCCUGUAGUAGACACGUCUCAAACUUAGUUCAACCAAGACUUUUAAAUUGAAAGAGUUAAAUUUUAAUUUUGACAGGGACAAAUUUUUCCUUAAGAAAUAAUGCAAAUCUGAGCUGCAUACUCUUGCAUGAAAAACUUUUGUGAAAUGGGAAAGUUUCAUCUGCCUAGGACUUGGAAUCUAGCUUUUGAAAACAAAUAAUUUAAAAAAAAUGCCCCAAAAAAUAUAAAUAAAUAGCUGUUAGUGACUAGAUUCAACUAUUUGUAGUUAAUCGAUCCUAUCGAACGGCUGAUUACUGAUUAAAAAUAUAUUAUUACAAAGUUAUGGUCAAUUAAGAGGAACAAUAAUCAAUAAAUCUGGAAUUAAAAAUUGCGAAACGCGAAUAUGUUCAAUGAUAGGUAAUGAAAAAAGUAUAGUAGUUAUAAGAAAGCUUUCUGAUUGUAAAUUUUAGCAAAUUACCUUCACUUUUGCUUAUGAAACGGUGUUAUAUUUGUUUAAUCAAUAAUACCCAUAUAUAAUUUUACAUCUUUAGUUAAGUCUUAGGUAAGAACACUUAUGUUUUGAGGAAUAUUUAGUGAAUUGAGAAUACAGAACAUGGAUUAAACACCAACGUGAUACCAUAUUCAUUAUUCCAUUCAAUCCUAAGAGAAGACUAGGAAUGUGACAAGAAACGCUGCAGAAAAUUCAUAAUUUGCCCAUAUUGAAUUUACCAAAUGGUAAUAAUGGGGAGGCUACAAUAAGGUUAACAAAAAAGCAAAUGAGUGAAACAAAAUAAUUGGACAACUUUAAAAUUGAAUGCAAGAAAACAGCGAACGUAUCGGCGGGAAGCCUUCGUCGGCAAACAAACGACAGUAAACACAAAAGUAAAUAGCGAUAGCAUUUAGCUGAAAACUAGUAAUAGAGAAAGCGGCAAAAUAAGUCGUUUGAUGCCCUCGAUAAUUAUUUUGCUUCCCUCUCGGAUACUGCUUUCAGCUGAUACUCCUGUAUAAUUCUAAGGAAGCAUUAACCACUUUGUUUUCUUCAAGUGACGACUUGGACGAUCAAAAACAACCUUCAAGGUUUCAUACCUCAAAUUAUCACCGGGAACUUCACAGUGACCGUCUUCAACUGCCGCAUUCAGUACUACCUGUGUCCCUCGCGACUCCUGGCCAUCAACAUCAGCUGCUGUGGAAUUUUCAUUGGAUUUCGGCCCUUCAUGACAAAAGACACCAAAGACAUGCCAGGUAAGUGGCUUUUGUGUAAUUUAAGAAUAGCUCUAAAAAUAAAUGAAUAAAUUCAUUAAAAGUUCUUCUCAUUGUCUAAUACAAUUAUUGUGUCUUACCAUUGCAAAAGUUAUAUUUGAUACCUAUUAUGUCUUUUCAUUGUAUCUGGUAUAUUUGUAAACUAUUAUUGUCUUAGCAUUGUAUCAGUUAUAUUUGUUAACUCUUAUUGUCUUACCUUUUUAUCGGGUAUAUUUGCUAACUAUUAAUGUCUUACCAUUCUAUCGGGUACAUUUGCUAACUAUUUUUGCCUUACCAUUUUGUGGGGUAUACUAGUUAAAUAUUUGUGUCUUACCAUUGUAUUUGGUUUUGGUUAACUAUUAUGUAUUUUCUUCGUAUCAAGUGUAUUCGUUUAUUAUUCUUUCUAACCUUUGUAUCAGGUAUAUUCGUUGAGGUCGAGUCAGCCAACAAACCUCUGUUCGACACCUGGGAGCCCACGAAUGAGCCUCUUUGUUUGGGAUCAGAAUUCUUCGACAUCUUAAGGGUCAUGAACGUUACGGGAAUAUCCGAUCCCACGAAAGCCGGAACUUACCUGGCGCUGACCAACGGCCUGCCUGCCUCAGGCGGUGAACCGGAGAACCAGCCGCAGACGAGCGCGGAUCUCAAGUUCUGUAACGCCGCCAGGCGACUGUUGGUGCUGGACUACGAAUGGUUCGCUUUAAGCGACGCUAAACUGAUCAACUGCGUGUCGGUGAACGAAGGCCUGGACGACCUGUUUCUAUUCAUACGAUGGAUCCUAAACUGGAGAUGCACCAACUCGGUGCUGAGGUGCAACGACGCCAAAAACCAGAUACUCACCAACUGCGGUCCGAAUGUGAUAAAUCAGCCGGCUGUGAGUGACUUUCUCAACCGAAACUGCUCGAGCCCCCAGAAUUGAUUCAAGUACCCUCGUACUCCCCACAUGUUUGUGGUGAUCCAUCGAAAGCUACAGAGGCUAAAUAUAUAUUUAUUUCCUCUUCGGAUUUCAAAGUGCAGCCAAUCGUAGAGUGCCCUCAUUCAUGAUUUCAUGAAGAGAUUAUAAAGUUAAUGAAACGGGACUACACAUGCUAUUUGGAAAGGCGUGUACAAAAAUUUAAAGCAAAUAAAUAAAUAAAAAGCAAAAAUCUACUGUGUUACAUCAU